AUGACUUUAACUCCAACUGCUCUUGACCAGGUCCUUACACCUCUUGAAGUGGAUAUUAAUAAGAUUCAUGCGUUAGCCAAGAGUCUUUGUGAGACGUUCAAGACGUUGGCGAAGGAAUCUACAAAUCAGUUUUUACCAACACCUAUUUCUGAAGAGGUGUUGAGACCGGAUCAUGAGGGAAAGGGGAGAUAUCUAGCGAUUGAUAUCGGAGGAUCAAAUCUGAGAGUGGGAUUCAUUGAGUUGCUUGGUCCUUCUAGUCAAGAUGGUUUGGCAUUGCCAGGCAAAAUUAAUAGGCUACUCGAGAAGUCAUGGCAAAUUGGUGAAGACUACAAGUACAACAAUGCAGAUGAACUAUUCGUGUGGGUUGGAAAAUGUAUUGCGAAAGUUGUUCAGGAUGGAGUUAACGAAUGGGGCUUACAACUACCUUCUGAGUUGCCCAUGGGUGUUACAAUGAGUUUUCCAAUGAUUCAAAAUAAAUUAUCAGACGCAAUUUUGAUGUCUAUGGGCAAGGGAUUUGCGAUGACUUCAAAUCUCAACCUUGGCGAGCAGCUUCUCAAAGGCUACAAAAUAUCAACUACAACCUUGCCUCAUCUUCCUCGCAUCAAAAUAACUGCCAUAGUAAACGAUGCCGUUGCAAGCCUAGUAUCCUUCCACCGACAGCAACGUACACCGUAUCAGAAGGUGGCUAUGGGUCUAAUUGUCGGCACCGGCUGCAAUGCCACUAUUCCCCUCUCCAUCUCCAAACUUCAUGUCACCAAAUACCCAUCUCACACCCUAAACACUAUCGAGAGCAAACAGAAAGAUACCAAAAUCAUAAUCAACACCGAAUGGUCCAUUAAUGGCACAGCUCCUCCUCUCCACACCCUAAAUUUUAUCACAAAAUGGGACAAGAUCCUCGACGCCAACAGCGAAACCCCAGGUUUCAUGCCUUUCGAAUACAUGACCGGCGGCAAGUACCUCGGCGAACUAGGCCGUCUCAUCAUCCUCGACUACUUCACAACUCAUCUCCAGCUACCAUCCGAAACCCUACCUACAGUUCUCCGCAAGCGAAAUGCUCUCGAUGCAAGUAUCCUAGCCAAAGUAGGAAGAGAAGAUCAAUUAUGCAAACCACUCGAUCUCGCUAUGCCGUUCCCCGUAGAUUACAUGAGCGGGAAACCCAGGACCUGGACCCCGGAACUAGCAAAUGUCGUUGUAAGCGUCGCAAAGAAAAUCGAAAAGCGCGCAGCAGGUAUGGUAGCCGCUGCCAUCAUCGGACUCCUCGCCGCAGCCGACGAACUUCCUUUCCCAGCACUUUCCAACGACACUCCAAAAACGAAAAAUCCCGAGCAAACCAAUCCCAUCCACGCCUCGGAAACAAUCACAGAACUGCUCGUAGGCUACACCGGCUCCUGUAUCUCCCACUUCCAAGACUAUCUCCCAGAUUGCCAGAUGUAUCUCGAUGAUAUCAUGCGUCAGGAAUUUGGUCCCGAUAAAGGCGGAAAGAAAAUCGUGCUCGAAGCGUGUACGUAUGGAAGUAUUAUCGGAGCGGGUAUCUUGGCCGGAACGGUGGAGUGGAUGGAAGAAAGUCAACUUUUAGUCGAGGAAUCGGCGGCUGAGUUGGCGGCUUGA